AAUAUUGAACACAACGUUGAACUUAUUUAUGAAAUUAUUGAUGGAAAACGCCCUGAAAUUACAAAUGACACCCCUGAAUGUUUUGCAAAUUUAAUGAAAAAAUGUUGGGACUCUGACCCUUUAAAAAGACCAACUAGUUAUGAAAUAGAGCAAUCUCUUAACAAAAUGUAUGGAGACGAAGUAUUUAAACAAGCUGAAAAAAAGAGAUUAGUAUUAAUACAAUUAAAGCAACUUGGACCCGAAUUUAGUGAAAAAUCUCAUCCAAAAGCAAUUUAUACAAAAUAUAUUAAAAAAGAAUAUGAAUUUGAUAUAAAUAAUAUUCAAAGGUAAGCAAAUAUACUAAAACUGAUAAUUCAGAUGAUGAAUGUUGUUGAAUAUAAUUGAGCCUAAUAAAUU